AUGGUGGAGGAGGCGGGCGACAGGACGCAGUCGCAAAUGCGGCUCAACCACGCGGCGGCGGAAGGCGACGCCCGCCUCCCGCCGCCGGCCUUACUCGGCGGGGCGUCACGGCUCCACGCCGUCGACCAGGUCCGUCCGUUCCCGCGUCUCCUCCUGGGCCGCUUCCUACUUUCUCCGGAAUCUCAUCUCGCAAGGCACCGCCCUUGGCCGAUCGCCGCACGUUUCCGCGCCGGUUUCAGUUUCGGCUUCUCGGCGUCGUCUUCCUCGUGCCUCACGCGCUCGCCGCGCAGGCAGCACCUCGCUUGCCUUUUCUGCACUCGGCUGGCAUCGAUAUACUCCCCCUCCAGGAUAGGCACGGGCAGUCCCGCGAGGUUGUUCUGUGAGCGGCGGAUUCCGAUUGCUCGCCAUUGGGGUGGCUCCGUCUGGUGCCGUCCGGUGCUCCGGUGA